UGUGGGUACAAAAGAUCUUCUGAAUCUUUCUGUCCUGCAGCGAAGAGAGAGGAGGCUGUUUGCAACCCUGAGAGUUAAGUUUAGCAUAAGUCUCACCUCUGACGAGCCAAUCACAUUAGUUAUUGAUUAGGACUUUAGCGUGGCCAAUCAGUUUUUAAAGGAGCAAACGCUGCUCAUGAAUUGGGAUUCAGUAGUUGUUUUAAAACAAAAAGCACAGGGCUGCUUAAAUUAACCAUUAGUUUUUUUGUUUACUUCGAAUUAAUCCAGAGGAAUAGAAAUAAAGUAAUCAGCCAAUUCGGGAAAACGAGCCCCGUGUUUCUCCGCCGGUUUGGGGGUUUAUUGCUGAAACCUGGCAACCCGUCCAUCAGGCAGCGGAGUCAACGGUAGAGUUGACAGGAACAUCCCUGCUCUGAGCACACAUUACUUAUGGAUUGCCUCAUUUAUGUAAAGGGACUGGGUGUAUUCCGCUAGUGGGUGACAGCCAAUCCGCGACAUCGGCUCUGUAACAGCGAGAUGUACCAUCAGUGUAAGUCUGAAUACUUGUUACUCUUUGUUUACAGUGAGUUUAUCAAAGUGCUAGCUAAGUUGGCUAGCAGCGCGGUUAGCUUGCUAGCUGAGCCGUUAGCGCGUGCACUGACGUUAGCCAACGCAGAUGGCAGCGUCAUGAUGUUUUUAUCUGUUUGAACAUAACCACACAGCUAGCACACAAUGUCUCCUAUUGUGUCUCACACUAUCGCUUUUAACCUACGGGGGGGAUUGUAAGCUGAGGUUGUACGCGGUCAGUUAGAUGUUGAAUGGUUUCACGCAGCAGAAACGUAACAAAAGCGUUAUAUCUCACUGUUCAUUAACAACACACGUCGGUGGAGCUAGCGAGGAACGGUAAACACUCCACAGCGUGGAGAAAGGCCUGCGAGGAGAGGGAGUUCAGUGACAAGUGGCAAGCUACGCAGACAGACUUGUACAGGUUUACAACAUUAGCCUUUAACUGUCAAAGUGCGUGGACUAUUGUUUUCUGGGGCUGUCGGGGGGAAGUAUAGUUAACUAUUGUCAGACAGGGUAAUUAGUAGUUAUACAUGUAGAAAGUAAGCCCAUCGAGUGAUACGUUACCACCUCCAAGGUUAUGUAACUCCAGAUAAGGUGUUUACAAGUGUUCCCCAAGGUGGGACAUUGUCUUCUUUGUCUUGUUCACUGACUAUGAGAGCUGUAUGUCUUCACAUGACUCAAACUUGACACAGAACUACACAUGUAAGGAAAGUUGACGAUUGUGUCAUCUGAUUAUACUCAUAAAAAGGAAUUAUUGUUUUUUUAUCAUAACAGCACUUAUCAUAUCAGUCAACACUGAUAAAUGUCGUUAAUACUGAUAAGCAAAACUGUUCAACUCAUAGACAUCUAUCAAUGCUUAAAUAAUCAUGAGGUUAUUAUUCAGUCAAUCAAUCAAUCAAUCAAUCAGUCUUUAUUUAUAUAGCACUUGUUCUUGUGCUUCGAAGUGCUUCACACAGAAAAAGGAAUAAAAGAAACAAAGAAUACCCAAAUUUACCCCAACCCAACCCCUCAUUCCCACCCCACGAUCUAAUUGUAACAGAAACAGUAUUAAAGUGCAUAAAUUUAAAAAAGACUUGAUUUUGAAACAGGAAUGUGCGCACUGAGGACACAUAUUUUAAAACUCAAGAUAAGGAAACACUGGAGGUUUAUGUAAAAAUCUAUACAAUAAAAAUAAUGAAAUAAAAACAACAGUAAAAGAUACUAAAAUAAGAGCACCAAAAUAGCUCAAUAAAAGCCGAUCCUGUGAUUUAAACUAGAAUAGAUAAAUGCUUAAACACUUAAACAGGGUUAAUGAUAUAAAAUUUAGUUAAAAGCGAGACUAAAAAGGUACGUUUUCAGUUUUAUUGGUUAUUGAUUCAAGCAGUUAUUAUUAGCACAUCAUCAAUUAAUGAACAGCAUACACUCACCUGCCAGAACGUAAGGUACACCUGAGCCAUCUAAUGCAACAGAAUACAGCUCGCUGCCAUAAAUGCUGGUUUUACAAAGCCUCUACUUACUAUUUUUUUUAACAUGGUCAUACAAGUUUUAAUUGUUAUUGAGAUUAGUUAGUUAUAGUGGGUGUUGGCUGUGAACUAGAGUGCAUUUUAUUAAAACAAGUUCCUAUUGUGUGAACUCUUCUUGUGUUGAAUUGCAGGAACUGCUCGGUGCCUCAGGUCAGCUGAUCAGCUGCUCCUGGAGGUCCAAACUGAAGCUCAGAGGGGUUAGAUCUUUUCUGUUGCGGCCCCAAAAUUAUGGAACGAGCUACCCCUCCAAAUCAGACAAGACCCCACACUGUCCAUUUUUAAAACUUAAAACCCAUGUUUAUUCUUUGGCUUUUAACCCUGCAUGAGACUCGGCUCCUGUUUUAGUGUUUUAUGUUUUUUUUAUUUUAGUUAUUUGUUGUUUCUGUGUUUUUAAAUUAGGUUUUAAAAACAUUGAAACUAUAUUUUAUCUACUUUUAUUUUAUCCAUUGUUUUAAUUGUUUUUUGAUUGAUUUUUAUGCGUUGUUUUGUCUAUUUAUGUACAGCACUUUGUUCAGCUGUGGUUGUUUUAAAGUGCUUUACAAAUAAAGUUGAGUGUGAAUUGAGAGUUGAAAUCAGUCUUGUUUUGAUAUUGGCAUUGGAUGUAAAUGAUUGGUUCAUAUGUACAUUGGCAACAGUCAGUUUUUCCAUGUUAUACCGGGGCACUUUACACAAAGAGCAGCUCUAAUCUGUACUCUUUGCAGAUUCAUUUGCAAAAACCCACUGGAAUUCCUAAAUGAGCAAAAGCACUUCUCAGCAUUUAGUUAGUUCUAGUGGUUAGCAAAAACUUCCAUCUAAAACUUCUUCUUCAGCAGAAUCAAACUGAUGCUGAACAGCAAUCUGAUGUGACUGUUGGGCUGGUUAUUAAGGUGAACUGGAUAAAAAUGAAAUAGAAAAUCUUAUGGGUAAUGAGGCGUCUGGGGGAGUCAGAUUUUUGGGGUUCAGAUUUAUUGUUGGACUCUUGUUCCAACUUGUUUUACUUUUAUGAAGGUUGGCCUCAAAAACUGACCCUACUGUAAAUCUUUUGCCUUUGUUCCUUCAAUAAUUUCACAGCCAACUUGUAUGGACACACGUCUUUGUUGAUAUUUCCUCCUUUUUGGCUUGUUUUAUUUAAGUAUGAAAUAAAUAGAAAACAAAUAGCAUUUUCUUUCUUGCAGCUUGUGGCAUUUUUAUUCUACACUGAGGCAAACUUGUGCAGAAGUAUUUUUUUCAUGUCUGAAUGAGUUUCCUGGUAUACGGUGCUGAAUGAGAUGAUGUUGUGUCCUGUUACUUGUGUUGAGGCUCACCAAAAAUAUAUAAAAGCGUCAAACAGUCAUGGCCAUAUGGCGCUGUGGUGAAGGUGAAAUGCUGACGCGCUGCAUGUUGUUUGUGAGUCGAGGAUAUCUCGCUCCACAACGACUCCCGGCCUCAGUUGGAUGGGCAUCAUUGGCACAGAGAGGCGGAAGCUCCCGGUGAUGCCAGAGGAAGUCUUGUCCCUCUCUCUGCUUGAGCUUUGUUGGCGCUCUCUUUCAGUUUUCAAAGCAAAAAAAAAUAAAAAAAAAUAAAAAGGGGAAUACAGGGAGGUGGGUUACAGAGCGGUGGUGAAGCUGACACAGGGGCUUGAAGCAGAACAGCCUGAGCAACCUUGGAGAUGCAAGUAUCAUUCUUGUGCCUGAGAGGGAGUAAAGGCUGCUUUUGUUUGAAACAGAGUUGAAAAAAAUGUUUGAAGAACUUGGAGAAUCAGAGUUUAUUUUUUUUAAUUGAAGAUGAGUUCAGUCACAACUGUUAGUUAGCAAGGCCUUGGAUUUGGAAUCAACCAGAAAGGAAUUUGACUUCUGUCUUUCUGCAUUUUCCCUCUAGGACAUCCAGUAUGUUGGCGUUUUUGACUUGAUUGGCUUGAAGACGACUUAAGAGGCUGCUGUAUCAGACCAAGCGCUGAUCUACAGAAAAGAGGAGAUGGGGAACACAGCGACCAAGUUUCGGAAGGCUCUCAUUAAUGGGGAUGAGAUUCUGGCCUGCCAAUUGUACGAGAGUAACCCGCAGUUCAAGGAGGCUCUGGAUCCCAACUCUACAUAUGGAGAGUCCUACCAGCACAACACUCCACUGCACUAUGCCGCUCGGCAUGGCAUGACACGCCUACUCAGGUCAGGACGUGGCUUGAAUGGAAUCGAAAAGAAAUAAAAAUUACAGUCAAAUACUUCUGUUCGAGUAGCUGUCAGUUAGAGCUGAACAGAUUGGAUAUGUUGGGCUAGUUUGUCAUGAUUUAUCUUUUAAAUAUGCUGCAGGUAUUGUGUUUUUAUAAUUUUUCGUAGUCAGACCUGCCCAGAAGUAUCCUUCAGUCACUUCUUCAUCUUGAAGUUGGCUCUCUGUUGAUCAACUGGUCUCAUUUAGUGCUGUAUUGCUGCAUCAUAAGAGAAAAAUGGUCAUGUUUUGUCUCUAUAUGUCUCUGUCCCAUCUGUCUCUCCACAUAGCCAUCUGUUAGCAGCUCUUAGGAAUGCAACAUGCUGUGUUAGAAUAGGAUGGGGCUCCAAGAGCUUCCCUUCCCACCAGCUACCAACCUUGCAUGUGCUCAUUGUUACUCCUCUCUAAGGCUGCACGAUAUUGGAAAAAAAUAAUAUUGCGAUUUUUUCAACCCUGCGAUAUAUAUUGCGAUAUUAAAAAUACAGUAUUUUCACCAGAUGACCUGAAUAGCACUUAAUGUUAUGCUGCACUGCUGAAAUCUUGAGGACAGUUAAUCUGCUCUGAUCUUACCUCUUUUUGUGAAUGUUAGUAGAACGGCUUCUGUCUGUCUCAGAGAUAUUUUCAGCUUUUAUUGUGCUGGGACGUUAUUGUGGCAACAGAUGAACACAGAAGACGUGUUUUGGUCGACAUCAUCCUUCUUUUAACCGAAAUAAUUCCAGAUAACUGACUUUCCUUUUCUUUUUGGCAACAAAUCUUCAUUUUCGGUGGUUUUCGCUUGUUCGUUGUUCAUUUUGCGAUCGUUGGUGUUGUUGUUAGCGGUGUUGUGCCGAGAAACGCAUGUCCUCCGAGAAUUGCAUGCACCUCGCAAAACGCGCACCGCUUAUAGUAGAGUGGUCCACGGAAAUGUACAAUUUAAAACCCAUACAGUUCUUAUUUGUUGAGCUUAACAGUCAUGAGUAAAGUUCCGAAAGUAAUUCUCAGCGGACACACGUCUCCCUCCAUGUGCAGAACAUGUGCAGGGGUGGGUUUUCUCCUCCCUGAUUUUGAUUGACAGCUGGCAGGGUAGUCUGAUUGGCAACUGAGAAUUGAGUCUGAUUGGCAACUGAGUUAAGGACGAAGGCGAUUGGUGGAUCGCUGCACAGCACAUGCAGAGUCACAUGGAGUGUAUCUCAGUCGGUUACCCUUGAAAUUAAAUGAGUUCAUUCACCUCCAAUAUCGCAGGCUCUGCGAUGUGACUAUCGCACACACGUACAUCGCGAUGACGAUAGUCAAACGAUAUAUCGUUCAGGCCUACUCCUCUCGGGGUCUGUCGUUUUUUUGUUCUAAUAGUAUGCAGUAUUUUGCAUUCAUGGCUGACUUUUGAAAAAGCUAAUAGGGCUCAGUAAAUAAUGUCAAAGUCAGGAGAGGACAGAAUGAGACACAUGUACAGAUAGAUUAAUGGACUGAUGGGCUUCAGACAUGAUUAAGAUGAUUGCACUUUCAACAUGAACUGUAAAUAAAAGAUAAUUUAGCAGAUGUACGCUUUUUGUAUCCAUACAUGUCUUUACCUUGUUAUUCCAAGAAUUUGCAUCAAAUAUUGUGAAUUUCAUGACUGUAGAUGUAUAAAAUAUACAUUUACACUAAACAUACAUAUACGCCUACAACAGAAACUAGGGAUAAUGCUAACCUGAAGGGUAAAAAUGGUCUUACUGUGGCUAUAUUUUUAAAGAUAGAAUGCUUUGACUGUUUAUAAAACAAAACAGUGUAGACCCUUAUUAUUGAUAGCAUUGAGUUGCUCACUUGCUCUAUUAACCAAAAGCACACACCGUGCCAGCAAGCAAACCAAACCAGCUUGUUUCUGACUUUUUCCGUUAGGUCUUUUCUCCUCAACAAAGAUGGGAAUCCAAACAAGCGCAAUGUGCACAAUGAGACAUCCCUACACCUUCUCUGCAUGGGCCCACAGAUCCUGACCUCAGAAGGGGCACUGCAACCCCGGAUCUCGCGGCCAUAUGAAGACAAACAGCGCCGGGCAGAAUGUCUCCAAAUCGUUCUGGCCUGGACCGGAGCAAAGCUGGACCAUGGAGAGUAUGAGAGAGCUGAUGUGAAUGCCACUGACAACAAGAAAAAUACCUGCCUGCACUAUGCUGCUGCUUCAGGCAUGAAGACCUGUGUGGAGGUGAGAGUCCAGGCUUAUGUAAAAUGAUUUUCAGGUACAGUGUUACUUCCAGGUACAGAGCAAAAGAUGCAGAUGGAAACUGAAAAGUCUCAUUAGCAAGGGAAGAAAUUUAAAUGGGAGUGAGAGAAAAGGGUUUGAACUAUACUGAUGUCUACAGAAAAUGAUGCUGGUAUAACUGCAGUUGGUCUGUCAUUUACUUUUAGAUGUAGGGAUGUCCUGAUCCUGACCUCAACUAUCUGGUCAGAGCGAUUCUUGACAAUUUUUCAUUGAUUGGUGAUUGGCAAUCUGAGCUAUGGUGUGAAAUUUUAUUACAUGAGUACACAUCAGCAAAACCAGCCAGAUUACAUAAACAACUGCUUUUUGGCAGUGUGUUGGGACUCUCCAGGGACACAUGGUUCAAUGGCGAAAGUGUAAAUACAGGACGGUCUGUUAUAUUUGCAUCUGCAACCCCGUGACUGAAAUGUCAGGAUUGUGGAAAUAUUUUCUGCCAGGUAGUGAAAACAGUUCAGUGUCCAGUGGCAAAAUGAGCAAUGUGAUUGUUUCCCAAGGUGGUGGGAGUAGAGCUGUGUUCAGUACCCCCAAUAUAAUACAUCUAAAAACUCAAUGUGCAACAAACAAGUUCACUACAUCGCCAGAGGAAAAAGGCUGCUGCAACAAACUAUUAGCUGUAAAAGGAAAGAUAAAUAUCCUGGAGAGAGUGAAAAGGCCAAAAGGGUCAGAGAGAAGGUUGAAGUUAUCACUUAUGACUACCAUCAGUCCAUCCUUGUGAUAGCGGGUGUGUCUGCAAAUGCUCAAAAGCAAAAUACGGCUUUAGAAAUUAGGGUCAUAAAAGCAGACUGGGACAACUCUUAGAUGUGCUUGACACUCUGAGGAGAGCAUUAUCACAUUAUGUUUGAUCAAACAGUUCUGUGCAGUUAUAAAUCAUCUUAUUUAUACUUGUAGAAGACGCAGCCCAUACAGAAGUCACACAGAUAAAUUGUCACUACUUUUACAAUUUAUCUACUGUAACUCCUAGUUUUAGAUCAAACAAUAUAGAUAGCAGCUUAGAUACCAGCUGUUUCGAACUCUCAGACCCCCCCACCCAAAACCUGAUAGUCUUGAAUUUAACUUUGAUUUGUUAUCUGUUAUCAUUUAAAGAAAAAAAUCACUGAACACAUCCCAACAUUUUGACAUAUUGUUUUAUUAUGUAUGUAUAUGACAAGGCUGUGUAUUGAUAAGAAAUGGGCAAUGCAAUAUAACACCAUAGGUGUCUAGAUACAAGGGUUUCAAUAUAGCCAGUUUGUUAUGCUGUAUUUCAGCCACCCUGCUUUAACUGGGUUUCUGGGCCCACAACUUUAAAAUAGGACUACUAGCUAGUCAAGAGGCUUAAUAUGUUUUUUUAUCCUGACAGAUGAGAGUCGUAAUUGACUACACUUCCUACUUGCUCUCCCCUUUCCACUUUUCACUUUAAUGGACCCCCCCCCCACACACACACACACACACACACACACAAACACACACACGCACACCUAGGGCUGAGCGAUAAAGCAAAAAUUGAUCAAUACCCAAAUUUACGACAAUAACCAACAUCAUUUUGCCCAUGUCAGUAUAUUUGGUGUAAAAAAAAAAAAAAAAAAAAAAAAAAGUCGGUUUUGUGUAGGUAGGCUAUGGUCUCAUGUCCCUUUAAGAUGCCGUCCUACGUCAGAGACGUGACUCCACCCCAUCCAGUCUGUAACACAGAGGGAUAGACAAGUGAGGGGAUGGAGGACGGUUCAGAAGUUGUAGUGGCUGAAGUAGACAAAGUUAAUGUGGGAGGGGGUGAGCAGCUUGUGGAGUAGUUAUUGUCCAUUUAUCGUUAUCAAGGUGAGCUGCUCAAUAUAUCGUGAUAUUGAUUUGAGGCCAUAUCGCCCAGCACUACAGACACCUAUGAUUCAAAUUCAAAUUCAACUUUAUUGAUAUGGCAUUUUUCAUACAAAAAAUGCAAUUCAAAGUGCCUCACAGAGGCUGAAAACAACAAUAACGACAAUAAAACCCAACCCACCCAUGGACCCACACACACACAAAGGCACACACCCACCCUCACUCACACACGCAUACACAUACACACACAGUGUGAGAAUAUAAGAUAUAUUGUUAGAGAGACAUGGCCUGACACCGAGGCAUUACGUGAGGAAAGAGCUACCUUUGGGAAACACUGGAGAUAAAAAUGGUGAAAAGAAAGAGUAAAACCUGAUGGACUAAAACAAGAAAAUAAUAUUAAAUGAACAGAUAAGUAAAAGUAAAAGCUCUUUACCAUAUAAAAAGAUGGGGAAAAGAAGUAAAAACCUGUGACGUGAAUGAAGAAAAAAGACAAAGAACAGAGAUAAUUUAUAAAAUGACAUAAAAUAAACAAUAAGAACUUUGGUUAAAAUGAACAUUUGCAAUAAGAGAAAUAUAAAAAGACAAUCAGUAAAAAGCCUGAUUAAAAAGGUGAGUCUUGAGCCUCUUCUUAAAGACAUCAACAGUCUCUGCUGCCCUGAUGAUGAUGAUGAUGAUCACAGGAAACCACUGUUUGAGUUCACUGCACAUAACAGGUCAAAGAUGGAAAAAAAAGAAUCAAAACUCAGGGCAUUUUGAGGUGAUUUAUGAAGAAAGAAGAAAUGUUUCAGUAGCCUACGUAAUGGGUUGUACGUACUGUGUGCGUAUCAAGUCCAUACACAGACCGACAAUGUUACAGCCCUUCAAAAAGUCAAAACAGUAUCAUGAAAAUGUGAAAUUUUGCUAUAUUUUAUUUGUAUCAACUUUUUCAAGUGGAAGUGUGGAUGGAUCCACAGGUUCUCUGGAGCUUGGCUACUGUAAAACAAUCAUGAAAUAAUGUUGUAUUUCUCUGUUUCUCCACUUUGUUUUCUUCAGUUUUCUUCUUUUUCUUAAUUUUUUGUCCUUUUUGGUGUUAAAUUUUACAUAAAGAUGAAAAUCAAUGGGUGAUGGGAAAUAUGGAAAUCAAGCCUUAUCGUUACAAUAAACAGGUUUCCAAUAAGGAUGAGCAUUUCUCUCAUAUCUCUCAUGAUGUGAGUUUCAUUUCAUUAGAGAACUUUGAUAAAUGUCUCUCCAUAUAGUGUUGCAUUUGUUAUUUUAAACCCAUAUCCUCUCUUGUUUUCACCCACUCAGUUUCUAGUUCAGAGAGAAGCGGACCUGUUUGCAGAGAAUGAAAACCGCGAGACACCAUGUGACUGUGCAGAGAAGCAGCACCACAAGGAGCUGGCCCUGUGCCUGGAGUCACAGAUGGUCUUCUCUCAAGCCCCUGAGGCUGAGGGUAUAGAGGCAGAGUAUGCAGCCCUUGACCGGAGAGAGGUACAGAAUAACAUAUCAAGAUGAAGAGGGUCCACAACCUACAGUUUGUCACAGUCAACAGGUGUCAUUUGAAAUGGCAUCAGAAUAUCACACUGCUACCGUGUUUUAUUGUUCUCUGUCAGCUGUCUUAUACUCGUGCUUGGUAUGAUCCACGGUAUAUAACAAAAACUCUACUACAAUAUUUUCCCCUGUGAGAAGUAUUUUCUGAUAUGCACUGUUGUUUAGAAAACUUAAGCAAUAAGUAAGAGGGACAUAUUUUGUAAGAAGUAAAACUCGGAUAGUUCUUCAUUUUGUCUUGAUUCCAGGAAGUGUUUGUUCAUGGUCUGGAAUUUAGCUGACCAGCCUUCACAUUUCAGAUUCUUCUGUGAGACACAAACAAACACAAAUACAAAGAAGUCUGCCAUAAAGCAUGUGACUCUGAUAAUCAUCAGCCUGACUGAGAGCUGACUGAGCCUGGCUCUGUCAUGCUUUAGUAAUUGUCUAUAUUUGAUUUUUUUUUUAUGUUUCUUUUGUCUUCUUCCCUUUUUCUAAAUCCUUCUUUCCCACCCUAAUUACUCACCCUUCUACUCUUCCCCUUAUUAUACUUGUCCUUCUCAUUGUUUUUUCUUUUUUAACUUCUUACUUCCUUCACCCUUUCUUCUUGUCAUUAUUCACCUUUCUUCCUCACCUCUCUCUGUCCCCCCACCCCCCUCCAGCUGUAUGAGGGCUUGCGGCCACAGGAUCUUCGGAGGUUGAAGGACAUGCUGAUAGUGGAGACAGCCGACAUGCUGCAGGCUCCUCUCUUCACUGCAGAAGGGCUGCUACGUGCCCAUGGUACUAUUAAACACACACAAAUACACACAUACACAACACUUACUGUUUAUCUGUCUCCUUGAUGUGCUUAAAAGCAUACCACAUAUCUGCGACUUGCCAGGCUUGAUCUCUGAUGUGCUCUUCCUCUGUAUGCUUGUGUGUCCUUAAUGUUUGUAUGAUUUACUAAGACCAGAAAUUUUGAAAGGAAAAGUUUGGCAUUGAAUAUCAAAAUUCAUGGCUUUGCUUUUCAAAAAGGGAAUGCUUUCAGGAAGUGUUUGACUUUGUACCCCUAGUUUCCACUAAGAGUUCACUCUUGUGAAGCAGAUCAUAUUCUACUUUUUCCUUAUAAAAAGGGGCUUUGUGUCAUGUCGGUGUUUAUUUGUUGUAUGGUUAUGGUUUUUAUUUGUAUUGGGAUCAGUGAGGCCAUAUCUCAUAUCAAAUCUGUGCCACGCUCCUGGGAUUUUCUUACAGCGAAAAAUCCAAAAGGUGAACAACCUUUAUUAUUGUAAGAACUUGACUUAUAUUGCUUUCAGUAAGGAUUAUGUUUGUCAUAUGCUCUAAAUACACUGAUACGUCCAUAAGCAGGGAGAUUGACACACUUUAGAUUUAGUCCCAUCAUGACAUCUUCAGAAACCCUGGUCAAUCUACAACCAAGAAGAGGCAUGCAUUGACAUCUACCAGAUAUUUGUAUUUUCAACUUUCUUUUUUUCGGUACUUUGUGUUCUAGAAAUAAAGUAUGCUGACAAAUCAGGUUGGUACUCAGAUACUCAGUAAGUUAGUACACACCACAAUUGUUGCAGCUGUAUUGUCUGGAGUGUUAACUUCAAGAUUAAAGUCUUAAGUGUCAUUGGAUUUAAACAUAAAUUGUCAUGUUAAACCCAUCAGUGUGUUAUUAUGCAAUGGAGAGAGACUGAUGGUCAAGCCCUGUCAGGGGUUUGGGGGUGAAACAUCUGCAUUCACAAACCAACACGCAUUACACUACCACACACUUAAAAGAAGAGGAGUUUUCAUGUUUUGUUGAUUCUUGGGGCCCAUUAGAUAAAACCUGUUGUGUUUUCUGCAAAUAAGACUAUAUUUCCCAUGAGUGCCAUCUCCCACUGUUGUAAAGAUGUUGUUCUUGCCAAAGUGUGCAUUUGUUGUGGAAGCAAAUGGGUGGACCACAGAUCUUCUUUUAAGCACAGCUUUUCUUUGUUUAAGACAGAUUUCUGCAGAAUGCAGAGAGAUGAGGUAAUGCAUUGAUUUGUCGUCAUGUAGAGUUGUUAUCAGAGUUGUUAACAGAAAGACAAAGCUUUGUAAACUUAGAUUUACUAGCAUUUGUCAGCUUACAAAAGGGGAUUGGAUCUAUUGGUUUGACAUCACAUUUUACAUCCUCGGUGUCCUGAUAAAUGUGCAAAUAACAUAACACAAUACAAUACAAUACAAGCUCUGCAAACAGCUUUACUCUUUUGUCAGAGCAGUGUAGCAUGGACACACUGUACCUAGCACUUUCUAGAAAACUCCUUGUUGUAGGUACUCUGGCUAAAACAAAUUUGCUUCUUUUUGUUAAUCAUACUCAAGUGCCGUUUGUGGGUACCAAACAGUAGGGCUGGGCAAUUUGGCCUCAAAUCAAUAUUACGAUGUAUUGAGCAGCUCACCUCAACAAAGAUAAAUGGACGAUAACUACUCCACAAGCUGCUCACCCCCUCCCACAUUAACUUUGUCUACUUCAGCCGCUGCUCCAGCUGCUCCAACUUUUGAACCGUCCUCCAUCUCCUCACCUGUCUUUCCCUCUUUAUUACAGACUGGAUGGGGUGGAGUCAUGUCUCCGACGUAGGACAGGGCCUUAAAGGGACAUAAGACAAUAGCCUACCUACACACAUCCAAAACCAACUUUUAUUUAUUUUUUUUGACACCAAAUAUAUUGACAUGGGCAAAAUGACAUUGGUUAUUGUCGUAAAUUUCGGUAUCGGUAAAUUUUCGGUUUAUUGCCCAGCCCUGCCAAACAGUUUAUAAAAGAAACAUGAUCUAAAGAACAAAGACUUCUGCAGGUUAACUUUACCUCUCACUGCCAAACUUUACCAGCAGAGUUUGAAACAUAACCACUUCAGUUUGAGUGCUGAAUACCAACUCUGCAGUUUUGCACAGACUUAAACUGACCUAACGGACCACAAAUUCAGAAUAACCAGUCUUGUCACCGGUAAUCUCAUUUCCCCAUGUGGGUCAUACAGCCAAAUUAGUGCAAGAGAGACUCCUUCUAAAAUGAGUAAAAAACUCCACUCUUCACAGAACCUUUAGAUAUCCUGAUUUCCAAUCAGGUUCUCCAAAACAAUCUGACCCUGUGACAAAUGCGUCUGGAAGUUUGUUAGCAAUGGGCUAAACCAGUCAAAGCCUUUUAACCUGUGGAGAGUGAAAUGGUUUGGCUGAGCCGCAUUAUUCAUGCCUGCAGACAUCAGUCACUUGGCCUGGAUUUUCCAGUGAUGCUCUUGUAACUUAGGCUUGGCAAAGUACUGAGUAACAGUGUCUCAGUUUGGAUUUGAUUCGCAGCCUUAAGCCACUCAUUCACAUAACCCAAGUGAAGGUGCUGCAUGUGACAAAGCUGAAAUGUUGAAAACAGAAUCCUUUGAAGACCACCAUCCACCUUGAUUAAACUCGGCCAAGAUUGUGUGGGACUAAAGUGUGUCACAGUUUGGGGGUCUAAUUCCCAGUUUUUCUAUACCCUUUCCUCUAAUUCAGAGGACCAAGCGGCUGGCUGCUGAGCUGUGUGCGCCACAUAUUAGACAUACUUUUGAGAGCUUAGAGGGGAGAGAGUGGCUCCAGAUUCCUGCUAUAUAUAAGCACCUCUAUCAUGGGAAUGCAGUGUGUCUGUUAAAUAGGGGAAGGCACAUUUCAGGAUUUCUUGUUAAUCUCCUGGAGAAGGAUUUCUUGAGAAAACUUUUUCAAAUUUCCACAUUUCUGAACUUUUUAUUUCCUUAUUGAUCUUUUCCCAGUUUUUUCUUAUCACAAUUCUUGGUGCUUGCUGGACUGUCAAUGUGUCUGCUUUUCACAAUUUUGAUGUCCCUGCUAAUUUUUGACAUUUAAGACUAAAUGCAAAGACUUUUUAUAUCAGCUUCCUGUUAAUGGCCCAAAGCAUGAAGAUAGGGUCAUACUCAUUGAUGAGUUUUAAUUGAAUGGAGAUGGGGGAAAUUGUUGCAAUAUUCAUUAUCUAAACGAGGCCAUUUAGAGUCUGAGGCAUUGGAUUGGUGGUGAAACGUGUCUGGAGGCUGAUAAUGGCCUAAUUGUGUAGUUGACCGGGUCAUGGUCUUUAUUUUGGGAGCUGACUUUUUUGUCAGAGAAAAUUUAGAUUCAGGCACAGUUCACAAGUCAUCCAAUAUUGAUGUUUAAAAGCUCUCAAACCUGCUCUUUUGCUAAUGUGAGAACAAGCAGCUAUUCUACAACAGGAAACCAGAUGGCAGCAGGUCUAUGCUGUUGACUGUUUGAAAGGCUUAGGUGGUAUUGUUGCCACUGGAGAGGGAUUUAUGUGGGCUUUGGUGGAUUCGGCAUUGUGUUUACCGUUUCUUACAAAUAUAAGGCAGGAUGGAUUGAAACAAAUGUUUUUGUAUGAAAACAUUUUCUAUGGAUAAAACGAGAAUUUAGUCGACAACAAGUCUUUUGUUUUUUACAGGCUGAAUAGGGACUGCGUACGCUGUUGUCUCAGAUGAUUUAUCUCAGUCUACUAAAACCUUUACUAAUGAAGAUUUAUGAAAUAUGAUCACCAAAUGAAAAGACACACUGUCCUUGUUUUGAAGCCUCAGUGCUUGUACGUCAGAGUGGGCAUUUUCUAAAUUUUCUUUGUAACUGGGCUUGUAUGUGUUGUCAGUUUUCUUAUCACAAAGUCUUUUAAGUUGAAACGACAGUGUUAUUCUGAUCUUUUUUUUUCACUGCCAUCCAAACUUUUCUUUUGUUCAUAACUCAUUGUCUUGUGCAGACCCACCUGUAGAGUUUUAUAUCAGUUAGAUAUCUUUUAAAGGAAAAGUUUGUAGACUCAAACCACUAUUUAACAAACACAUUAGGGUGAAAGUUUCAAUGUUUCCUUUUGUGACAUAACUGUAAUAUAGCUGCCUUUACCAAAGUGCCCCAGGCUCACCGACAGAUUGUUGUACCACAGAAAGCGUGUACUAUAUAUAUUUUUUCCCUUUGUCUGUGUUUUAUGUCAGAUUGGGACAGAGAGAAGCUCCUAGAGGCCUGGAUGUCCAAUGCUGAGGAAUGUUGCCAGCGCUCAGGAGUACAGAUGCCCAACCCACCUCCAAGCGGCUACAAUGCCUGGGACACCUUACCCUCACCCCGUACACCACGCACUACCCGCUCCUCCAUUACCUCCCCAGACCAAAUAAGCCUCAUGCCUGCUGAUGAUGAGUCAUCUCUGGUGAGAGAGGACUUUGGGUUUCAUUCAUUUGUAAAAAAAUUAAUAUGAUAACAGGAAGAAGAGAAAUCUGGGGUGACUGUUUUCUUACAGCAAAACUCUUAUUGAAUAGCUAGGCGUCCACAUUUUUCCUGAAAAGGAAGAAACCCAACCUUUUAGAGAGCAUUUUUAUUCAUUAGAAACUUCAAGAUAUUGUAGAUCAACAUCAGUGUAAUGAAGUCUGUUGUUAAACUGUACUUAGCAGUGAAGAGCCUUCAGAUAAAAUUAAAACCGCAAGACCAGAAGCUCCAGGGAGCAGCAUGUUUUCCUGGCCAAGAAACUGCUCCAGCAGCAAAGGGUAAAGCUUAUUUAAAUUGAGUUGCCAUGGUGCCAUAGAUCUCCUCGAGUUAUUCUGCACAUUUUUUGGCAUUUCUACUUCUGCACCUGUUCUUUUGUGUAGUUAUUUGCCAGAGCUAUCUUCUAUACCUUGAAUAUGUAAUUAGUUUACACUGUGAAAUUGGUCUUCAGCAAAGAAUUUGGAUCCCAGAAAUAGAGCAUGUCAUUGCAGUCUGCUGCUUCUGUGUCAGACAUGAUGCAGGUGUUAAAGUUCUUCGUUGCUUUGACGUAUUGCUGUCAUUUAGAAAAAUGAGAGGGGAAGACAACUACACUUGUUUUUCGUUGGAGUCCUGUUAAGGCAUGCAGUUUAGCACCUGUACAGGGAUUAACCAACACAGCUUUCAACAAAUAAAGACAGCCAGAGUCAUAGUUUUAGCCAAUCAGAGGCAGAGAGGGGCGGGCCUUGUGUCCAUGCAUGGUGGUUACAGGUACGCAGAAUGCUUACCAAAGUUUUACUAAUGAAAGUUAUCACAGGUGGAAGUAAUGUUGAUCCAACAGCUAGUCAGUAAGUCAGUGAGUCAUCAUACACACACAGCUUGAUGAUCAGGUAAUACGAUAGAAAGUAGAAAACCUUGUUAGUCAAAAGAUUUUUUCUUUGCUUUAAUCCCUGGAUGGAGGAUGGAUUUUGGUUUGGAAGAACACACACCUCCAGAUUUGCGUGUUCGUUGUAACAUUGGGAUGCUCAUCAUGCUGCUCCCCUAAUGGGAGUCUGGAUCCAGCACAGGGAGAGACUGAACUGUUAGGGUUUAUGCAAAACAAGCAUACACAGCUGCUCUGUACCUCUCUGCUAAUUGUUUUCACUCUACAGCUGAUGUAAAGAGGUAUCAAGUGCCUUCUGCAAGGAAAAUUUGAACACCUUGUAAUUAAGACAAAGAUACACCGAAUGUAUUGUUGCAAUAACUAAGGGGAGGUCAGAAAAAUGUGAGGUGCUGAGGAAACCUCGCGUAAGGUGUACUUUUUUCAGCUGUGCGAACAAAAUCCUGCAUGUGUAGAAGGUCAUUACGUCGCCAUAUUGACCCCCUGCUGCACCAGGGUCUGCACACCGCCUGUUUGAUUGCACUCCCAUUAGCCUGACCUUGUCUGAAAUUUUCUUGAUAAUUAUCAAACAUGCUUGACAUUUUCCUCAGCAGUCCUCUUUGUGAGCAGCUGUUAAGAUGGAAAUUAUGCAAGGAAACGUAAGAUGUCCUCUCCGCUGUUGGCAAUUUGUCUUACUCAGCCACUCACUAACGCAGACUGCCAAUGAAGGUAUCAAGUGUGUUUGAGAACAGUCAGGGAGUCCCAGGGGAAGACAGGAGCAUAGAAAGGCAAAGUCGACUGUACUGCCUUCUAAUUGGUGCUUGGCCUAAGGAUAUGUGCUGACUGUAUACAAUCAGUCACUUUGUUUUUUGCAGCCAUCCUGAGUGCUACCUGAAGAUUAGCCACAUUAAGAUUUAGAGUUAUGUUUGUGAGGAAAAAAUAUGUCCAAUCACUUUUAUUAUACCUUUCAUACUGCAGGAGUUUCAUUUGGUUAUAUUGCACUUACAAACCGUCAACAUAAAACACCUUUAUUUGAAUGUAAAUGCAGAGUUGACUAUAACUGAAAAUCCCUGCCAAGUCUCCCCCUCAAAAUUACAUGCUUGUAUUUUCUAUCUAUGUUUCACACCUGCCACAAAAAGACCAGCUUCAAAUGUAUACUUGCUGUUUGUUAGUUUAAAAGAAAUCUCAGAGAUGACAGUUAGAUGACAGUGGAGUUUAGCAGACUUGAUUUAUCAGUUACUUAAUGAAGAAUUAUUGUCAUUCUCGCACAAUAUCCUUAUCCGUGAAUGUGAGUAGUGGUAUCUUGAACGGCACAGCGCCAAUCGACUCGGCCUGCUCAAGGGCCUGUUUAAAGGUUAUAGUUGAUUAUAUCACAUGCUGCUCUUUCACAAAUCAAUACUUACAUUGUUGAAGUACACUGCCUCUUCUAUGUCUUUUGUCCGACUCAGGCUCUCACUGUAACAAGGCUUGUGUUUGUGUGGGAGUGCGUAAUUGCCCCUGCUUUCGUUUGAUUGUGUCUCAAAUUUGUGCGAAUGUGAGUAAACAUAUUAAAACUGUGAGCCACGUGCAAAUGAGAAGUUAUCUUCUUCUAGGCCUGUGUUGACCUAUGACUGAGGGCUUUUUUUAAUCAAUUAAUGACCACUUUUCUGUUGUGCACUCCAUUAUUUGAGCCUAUCAAGACCUAGUUUCGCUUGUCUCGUCUUCCCAUUGUAUUGUUAACUUUGUUGUAAUCCGAGCACCAUUUCAAGAGCCUUUUCUCUCAGCCUAUUCUUAAGAUUCAAGGAUGUAUAUUUUUUCAUUCAAAGAUGAACAAUGCAUGACUUGUACUGGAGAACUUUUUCUAAUUGUGAGAGUUUAUUGUCAGGAUUAUCUUUAAUAAAAUACCAGAAUUGUCUAGACUGACUGAAAACAAUUUGAACAACUUGGCCUUGAGACUGAUUGUAGACUUUUCUUUUGUUGAACAGUGUGGCAUCUGCAUGUCUUCCAUCUCUGUAUUUGAAGAACCCGUUGACAUGUCUUGUGGUCAUGAGUUCUGCAGGGCAUGCUGGGAAGGGUAAGUCAUCCUUUAGUUGUGUUCAAGGGUUUUGGAUUUUAGUUUAUGUUUUUUUUAUUUUUUAUUUUCUUUUAACAUGUCUGUGUCUUUUUAUGUAUGGACCAUGUUAUUUCAAAAUAUAUGCAUGUUUGUUUUAGGUUCCUGAACCUGAAGAUCCAAGAAGGUGAAGCUCACAACAUCUUCUGCCCGGCCUUUGACUGCUACCAGCUGGUACCUGUAGAAGUCAUAGAGAGUGUGGUGUCUAGAGAAAUGGACAGACGCUACCUCCAGUUUGACAUCAAGGUAUGGAGAUGAGCUUUCUGCACUUCAUUGUAGAUAAGCGCAUAAUUCGUAUGAUUUUAUUCCAGGUCUCCACACCAAUCAUUCAAAACAUGAUGUAAUUUAAGCUGCAUCCAGGGUAUGUUGUAGAAAAGCACAAAGGUCCACUGUGAAUUAGACAUGAUUAUGAUUUAGGGUUUGGUGAUUUUGACAGAAAUAGGAAUACAGGUUUAAAGGGGACGAGAGUAAAUGAUCAGCGAGACUUUUUAGAUUAGAUUAGUAAUCAUCUAAAUGUUAAAAAAACUGACAGGCACAUUUGCAAACUCAAACGACUAAUUUUACAACAGAUAAGAACAACUGUGUCAAUGCUUUCUCCCUGGGAUAUAUCUCUAAUACAGUUGCCUUUACCAAAGUGCCCCUGGCUCGGCAACAGAUUGUUGUUUUACAGACAAAUAUUAAUCUUCCUUGCUUUUUCUCUUGACAGGCUUUUGUUGAAAACAAUCCUGCAAUUCGCUGGUGUCCUGAGGCAGGGUGUGAGAGGGCAGUGAGACUGAACACUCAGGGGCCUGGAAACUCCACCUCAGAUCCUCUCUGCUUUCCCCUCCUUCGAGCUCCUGCUGUAGAUUGUGGCAAAGGCCACCUCUUCUGCUGGUCAGUUAUUAUCUGGAUAACACGGACAUUUUUCUGUAUCUGUGUGUAUUAUAUUCAGAAGUCUGACUUGUAUUUUUGAAAAAGUCAGAUCUUUUUUUGUAUUUGUAGCUGAGAUGGUUGAAAGUGAAACCUUGCUAAGCAAAAACAUGCUUUGUUAUAAGCCUGGUUAUUACAGUAGGAAAUACACUAUUCUUUAUCUGUGACGAUUUAUAAUACUUAUAAUGAUAAUUUAUGGAGCACUGUUUGAGGAAAGAUUUAUGUGGACCAAAAGCAAAACACUCAUUUUAAUGCAAAUAACAUCACAUACCCAAGUAAUAAGAAGAAAUAGCCUGAUGUUUUUUAAGUCACAGCAAACAUAAAGCAAAAAGACACGCAUUUAAAACAGAGGCAAACAUGUAGUAGAGCAGGGAUAGUAUGAUCCUAAAAGAUAAAGAAAAAAGAAAUACAAAUAAAAGAAUAAAUGCAAAAGAAAGAACAAAAUAGAAAUUAAUUGGAGCAAUAAAACAAAAACUUCACACUCGUGCACAUGCCCAUGAACUGGAGUUUACCUUCUAAAUGAAAAAGAGAUUCCUACGUUUUUUCUCAGAGUAAAAACUUCGAUUUAGAUUUUGGUGUCCAGCUCAGACACAGCUGUUAACUGCAGCCAUUUUUCAGGAAGCAAACUAAGCAUCUAAUGACCUCUGCGACAGAGAGCUGAGAAGCUCUGUGGGAGCCAUCUCUGCAAAUAACAGCGCCCUGUUGAUUACUUCUUAAUGACAGAGUGGCUGGAUGACACUGAGUUUUGUGUGAGAGGAUUAUGACAGCCUUCCUGCAGCUCAGUGGUUUUAUACACCUGAAAGUAAAAGGAGAAGAUUUUUGAUAUAAUAUUUCUUUUGUACAAUGGUUGACAGGUAUAAUUUUUCAACAGCUAAGGUACAUUUUUACAGUAUUAAUACCUGUCAUUUUUAUUCACAUUCCAAUCCAAUUUACCCAGUUAUCUUGGCCAGUAACAUGUUUUGAAUGAUCUUUAAUUAAUUCAUUAGUUAAAAUAAUGCAUUUGGUUAUGAUAAGAGUAUUCAUAUCAAAAUCAAUACUAAACUGAACUAUUCUAAACAUCAUGACAGAAGAAUUGAUAUCAAACAUUAAACACUGAUGAGGCAGUCUGCAGCAUCUGCAGAGGUCAUAGGUCUUUCUCUACCAGUUACCAUUCAUGAUCUGGUAAAACCAGUCUUAAGUAAGUUCAGCUCUGCUUAAGUCAAGCUUAGUAUCAAAAACAGUGAGGUUUAUAUCACAUAUAGGUAGUAUAUUUUCCAAACUGUUGAAUCACUCUUUUAGCUUUAAGUAUAAUUAAGGCUGAAUAGGAAUAUGUCAUGAUGGGACUAUUUGACUAAAAUAAGUCCAUGAUUCAAUAUUUAUCGUGAAAUUAAAAAAAAACAAACAAACCUGUUGAGGACUGAUGAAAAUGACAUCCAUUAACCCUGAGAGCUAAGAGCUAAGCUCACGAGGUCCAGUAGAGAGUGAGGUCAACUCUGCUUUCCUGAGGCUCUCUUAAGCUUUUGUCUCUUUCUUAAGCUCACUUAGUUAAUCCUGUGUAUCAAAUUCAUUUUGUAUCGCUGGUCAGGCAACCAAACUUCUCUGUCUUAACUACUAUGUCUUUCAAAUUUAUUGCCAAAACCAGUAUUCUCCUCUUCUUGAUUUGAGACCCAUCAUAAUGAAAUUUUGUUUAUUUCGCUGAACAGUUAUUUUACUUACCGGGCAUUAAUCACAUCACAAUGUCACCAUGUGUCACCUGAUUUAGUUAGCUAACUGGCUUUGUUGGAUUACUAUUUGUAACGUUUUGCUCAAAAUGUGGGUGUGAUUACCAAAGCUGCUUUAGCUGGAGGAGGAGGUAGUAGUAGCAUCAGUUGAUAGACAAACACAGUCAAAGGUAUUACGACAAGCCAGCAUUGCAAGCACUGAGCACCAGUAUUUUUUCUGUGGUCUAGUACCUGUUGUUCAGAAAGUUUAUAGUAGAAGGGAGCUAUGAUUUCACAAUAAUAACUAUCGCUUAAUUCAAAUUCAAAAAACUUUAUUUGUUCCAAAGGGGUAAUUAAAAGGCCACCGAGCAGUGGUAUAAAGGGAAAACAGAAGUAGCAUAAAAAAGGGUGUAUGGUACGAAAAUACAAACAACUGUUAGAAAUUAAAUGAACAACAGUCAGUGCAAUAACUGCACAGCUGCAGGGUUGAUACAGACAUAAAUGUGAGCUAUAACAUCAUGGGACCCUGACACUCUAUGGUGGAACAGAAUUGAUAAGUUUCAGACUUUUUUGAUUGAAGCGUUUUUAAAGUGCAGUCCUUAAAAGAACUGGGUUUCAAUCCUCAUCCUCGUCGAGGCAUAUUGUUUCUGUUCGUCUGUCGAUUUUUCUCCUCUCUCAUUUCUCGACAUGGUAAAAUCACAAUACUCCUACACCUCAGGUUGAAGGAAUUGUGGUGCUCCAGAAGCCGCUGGAGCGCCACAAUUUUCAAAACUGUCCUCUUGUUUCUUGCCAUGAACGCUGGUGUGUGUGCUAUUCUUCACUAUACUGCAUCUGAGGCAGCGAGCAGAGUGCAAAGGCUGAUGGCUGAUUUCUGUAGUUCCUGUUUCACUCCACUCAGUUUCACUGCAGCUGAAACAGAACUACACUUGCUUAAAUAUUCUGACCAAAAGAACCCUCCAACCUGCUUUUAAUCCAGUACUAAAAAUGUGUAUUGCCUGUGUAUUAUGAGCAAGUAGUGCCUGUGAGCAUGAAGGCCAAACUCCAAAACCUCUGGUGUCUGUUUGAAGGAGUGUCUGUUUUCUUUAUUUGUAACCACUCAUCCUCUCACUGUGUGAGUUAGCUUUGCAGCAUGCUCAGGGGCAGUGGGGCCCAGAUGCUGUAGUCCUGUGAUUUUUGCCCUCUGUAUAAGUCCUCCUGUAGCCCUGCAGAAUGUCCUUGGAGCCAACCUGUGUUAUGUCACGACCUCCACCCUGCUCUAACUAAAUCUUCUCACAUCACUGCUCUUGAAUGUGGUCGAAUACACGUGUCAGGACUACUAAAGAGUUCACUUGAUAUGACAUUUGUUAAUGUAACUGGUACACGUCUGACUUUUUCCCUUUCUAGCCUUUCCCUUUCUUGAAAGGCAGAUAUGAGUUAUUGAUGGUUGUCAGUUUUGACAGCGUCUGUGAUGGCGCUGUGUGAUCAGCAUGUUCCUCAUUAGUCUCGAUUGUUGGUGUAGCCAAGGGACAAAAACAAACUGUGGAUUAUUUUGACUGUCUCUGUAACCCUUUAUGUCUUUGUGCAAAAGCGGAAAAUAAUGACUAUUUUUAAUACUACGGUCAAAUACUUAGAGUUUGACCCACUAUUCAGAGGUAGGAGAGAAAAGCGAAUACGAGAUGAGUAGGAGGAAAAAAAGAUGGAGUGUUCCAGAGACAGAAUUAAAGGUGAGAGACGGAGAAUGCACAUGAAAGAAAAAAAUCACUCAGUAUGUCUCUAACUUUGCAUUGUCAAUCUCAAAGUCACAGUUAAAGUUUAAAAGAGAAGAGUCCCACUUAUCUUUUCUUUAAAUGCUUGAAAAGCAAGGUCCACUUUGCACAUUUUGCAGACAUCUCUUUUCUUUUCCUUGGUGAGGGUGAAGUGCUCUCAGACAUACAAGGUUUUGGUGUGCGUGGAUGUGCGCUGUUCUGACCUCAUCCCAGUUGCUGUUUGGCCCACCCAAUUCUCAGUGGGGAUAGAAAUUCUCGUCAACUGAGCUUCGCAAAACGGACGUUACAUCCACUCACAGCAUAAGACAGCAUGCGGGAUGACAUAACAGACUUAAGUUAGGUUGUUGGCUAAUAAAUUUGCCUUCAAUUUUUGUCAGCUAAAUCAUUUCACCCCUGUUUUGUAUAUUCCAGGGAGUGUCGUGGCGAGGCCCAUGAGCCCUGUGACUGUGAAACCUGGAAAAUGUGGCUCCAUAAAGUUUCUGAAAUGAAACCUGAGGAAUGUGAGUAUCAGCACGAAUCAGUGUAACGCAUAAAACUGUAGCUGAAUUUACAAUUCAAAUUGUUCAGAGGAAGAUUGUCAGAAUCUUAAUGUUAGAUUUUUCUACUUCCGUAUUGAAAGGGAAUCCUGCCAAGCCGCUUUGUUGUAAAUUAUUCAGACAAAGAAGUUAAGUUCAGAGGUGUUGUCUUCCUACUUUCCCUUAGUUUUCGGGUUGCAGUCAAGUGAUUGAUUUGGAGCUAAAUGGCCUGGAACUCAACCACAGUAAUUACAAACUGUUUAGUGCUGAGCCUAUUAAAACCAGCCAUCUUGAUGAUAAAUUAUUAACUGAAAUGAACAGCCCCUCUCAUUGAAAGUGUGCAUUGUUUAGAAGCAGUAAUUGGACUGUUGGUAAUCUAAUAGAUGAUUUAAGAUGCUCCAAGUCACUCCAAAGUGCCACUUCUUUGAUGUGACUGUCCAAACAUAAAAGCAAUUAUUUUGUUGUGGAACCACCCUCCCCUUCGAUUUUUCUGGAUUUGUGUUUAUCCUGGCAUUUCGAACUGCACAUCAGAGGUGCUUUGGUAAUAGCCAAUUAUGCUGUAGUGUAAGAGUGUGAGGGAGGGGGGACGGCAUGAGUAUCUUGGGAGAUGUUAGCAAAAAUAAGCAAUACACAUUAGUCAGGCAGGACAAUUUCCCCACUCAGUGCAGUGGUCUGUUUAGAUGUUGUGGUAAUAGCCAUUCUCAUUCUGUCUCAUUAUGCCUUUAUUUGUUCUCUUUAACCCCCUCCCCCACUCGCGUUGAAGUGGCUGGUGUGAGUGAAGCGUAUGAGGAUGCAGCCAACUGCUUGUGGCUGCUCUCGAACUCCAAACCCUGUGCCAACUGCAAGUCCCCAAUCCAGAAAAAUGAGGGCUGCAACCACAUGCAGUGUGCUAAGGUAAGUGAAGAUCAGAGGUGUCAAGUCCCUGUCUUAUAAAGACACUCUUUUAUCUCUACCCCAGCGGUGAGUAGAUUGUUUAAUAAGUAGAACCCUUUAUUUUUAUACACAAAUCCCGAUCCUGUUAAUUUUUGUCAUAGAGAUUAGCACAAACAUUUAAUCUAUGAAAUAGGGUAGAUAUCAUUCAGUUGAUGGAUUGUAAUCUGCUAUAGAAAAGGAUGUGCACUUGUUGCUCUUCAGUUAGCAUAACAACAGGCAUUUUGUGAUGGGACUGAAGAUAAAACUGUAUUAUUUUAAACUACAAAGGUGCUGAUUUCUUCUUCUGAAUCUUUGCCUCUGAAAUAAAAAAAGGCUUUUUCAGCAGCAUGCUGUUAAUCGUAUUGCCUGACAUCCACCCCAUGGCAGGAGUUGUCAGUGUUCGUUUGAAACUCAUCACAAAAGCUUUAGUUACCUCUUUGGUUCAUUGCUGUUCUUUUAACAGCUUUGGCAUCUUUUGCACAUUUUGUAUUUUGUCCGCAGCAGCCACCCGUGCAAUAAUUGUCCUCAGAGGUUGACUCCAGACACUAAAAUGUUUUUUUUGUGACUUCCUGUAUUCAUGUGAACAAAUGCAAUUUGUUCACAGUAAAAUUUAGUAUAUAAUCUUCAUAAAAUAACCGGGCACAGACACAUUUUUUAUUUUCCAUUUUCUAAAUGUUUCCAACCCUUUUCAUUUUUGAAGACCCACAGAUGUUCCUCUGGCUAAGAGCUCAUGCCAAAUUCGAAGUUUACACUCAAGAUAUCUCAUAAGCUACUCUGCUUGUUGUCAUAAAAUGUUCCACAAAUAAAAUCAUGCCAGGCUGUUAGGAGAGCAUCAACCUACAACAAUCAACAACUAGAAAAGCACUUGGAGAGCGCAGACCUCCGCCAAGCAGCUCAUGUCCCCCCUUAAACAAGAAAUGCCCUGACUGGGAUUUGAACCCAGGACAUUCUGGUUGUGAGGCGACAGUGGUAACUACUACACCACUGUGCCACCUAUCUACACCACUGUGCCGCCCAUUGGUUAUCUUUCAGCAUUGAAAAUUCCAAUGACACCCUUAUUUUUGUGUGUUCUGGAUCACAGUAUCCAGAAUUUUGUCCGGAUCACCACCAAAAUUUAAUGGGAUCCUCCUGGGGCUGACACGCACCCCUGGUGAAAAUUUCAGGUCAAUCCGUCUGUUACUUUCUCCGUAAAGUUGCUAACAGACAAACAAACAAACCAACGCUACUGAAAACAUAACCUCCUUGGCGGAGGUAAUAACCUGCUGAUUAUAACAGCACAUUUUACUACUAGAAAUACAAACCCUUCAGUGGACACAGGUGUCCAUGGGGCUGUAGACCUUGAGUCUUAUUUAUUCGACUGUUUUUACAGUAUGUACACAAGUCAUUGAUUUAUGUUGGAAAAUUACCAGAGAGUACUUUUUUUUUUUGCAUUCAGGUUUUGAAUUUCAUGAAAGGUGGUUAGGACUCCUUGAGGCAUAACAGCGCAAGUAGUCUUAGGUUUGAAGAGAUUUGUCGGAAUUUUAUUUAUGGAGGAGAAAGUGACACAUGGACCACAUACUACUUGUGUCAGGAUAAAAAGUUGUACAUCGUAGCUCUUAGACAGUGUGUGGUUUGAGCAUGAGGGUUUUAAGAUGCAGCCUUUCCUUCAUAAUGAACUUAAUACAAACCUGAUCAAAGUUUCCAAAGACAUUAACAUGGGUUUCAGAAGUAUCAUCACAAGGGAAAGUAAAGGUGGAAGCCUAUCCUCAGUUUGUUUUGAAGAGGCACACAGAUCAGUUUUUACAUUUUUAUAAAGCUCAUUUAAAAGCUGCUUCCAUUUCCUCCUAAACCAUUUUUAAAUGACAAAAAAGUGAUUAAUCGGGCCAGGUUUUAUUAAUAUACUGUUGUUCUAGAUGGCUGCUCUUAUUUGUUGAUCAAAUUUGGUAAAGGUUUUCUGUUUCAUUCUCAAUGGGAGGUAAAAUCUUUCAUUGAGCUUCUGCUUAAACUGACAUGAACCGGUGAUGCUGCCAUGCAAUCCAUCAAAUAACUGGAAAGCCAGCGAGCCCUGUCGUUAGUCAGCAGCCUCUCUCUCUCUAAGAUGUAUGUGAGAGUAAUACAGUAGUUCAUGAGCCAUGUUGACUGACAGUGCUUCUGUUACUGCCACUGUGGCCCAAGGGCAGACCAUGAAAUCAGCACAGUGCAGUCACACAACCACUCUCCCUCUGUCUCAGUGACAGCCUUCUCAAUGCCCCUGUCCCUGUUAAAGAGGCAGACUAGAGAUUGAGAUUAGUUUGAGAGAAAUGAAACAGCUUUCACAGGCUGAAAGGCCACGCAGGGCUCAGCCUUUUGACCUGUUAUUACCUGGUAAGAAAUGGUUUUACCCCUGUUGCUUGGAAACAGGAGACUCAGUGUUGCCAAGGAACAUUUCUUUGUCUUUUCACAGCUGUUUCCUCCCCUCCAGUCUGGCUUCACAGUUUUUUAUCUUAAGUCUCUCCAUUUCACACGCUGUCUUUUUGUGUCUCUCUGUGCUUUCAUUCAUCCCCCCUCCCAUUCCUUCUUUUUCUAUCGAUUUUCCUGAAGUCUCAUGUAAGCGUGGUGUUUUGAGGAAACCACAGGUCUCAGCCUUUAGGGUUUUUCGUUGCUCUGGCCAACUUGUCACCAACAGAAAUACAUGUGGCAAAGCAAGAGAAAUCACUUACUCUCAGAUAGGCUGUGGACUGAAGUGGCUGUAGUGUUUUGUUGUUCUACAACACCCGAUGGGACUUGGUGAUCUCAUAUGUUGUCUGAGUGCCUUCUAGUGGCAGCGGGCUACAAUGAUUCACCACUGUGCUCAAACAGAGCCCGUGACCUCUUUUCAACUCGGACAACUGUUUAAAAAAUAGACAAGAAGAGUAAGACACAGACAAGACAGAGGGAGGUUUAUUGAUCAUGGUUCUUGGGUUUAGGAGUUAUCCGGCAUCCUUGAAUGUUAGUCUUUGAGGAAGGGCAUGACAAGCAUUUGCAAACGUUCUCUUCACGACUUCAAGUCUUUGAGAAAAAGAAACAAAACAACCUUAUUCCUAUUUUAUAAUGUUGAAGUAAAAGCACAUCAGCUGAGUUGUAACACAGCUUUGGUUUUCAGUGGAAUAAUAAUGUGAAAAUCAGAAUAUUAACAUGAAUUUUGGAUGUAACUUCUGUUGUUAUUUCAGGCUCAGAUUUUUUUGUUGUGAUAACUGACUGGAGUAGAUGGAAGUGUCAAAUGACCUUUUCCUCUCUGCAGUGUAAGUAUGACUUCUGUUGGAUCUGUCUGGAGGAGUGGAAAAAGCACAGCUCGUCAACAGGAGGCUACUACCGCUGCACCCGCUACGAGGUCAUCCAACAGGUGGAGGAGCAGUCCAAGGAGAUGACAGAAGAGGUAUCUGUUCAUAUAGGAGUUGAACAACUGUCUACAUUGUCAGGUUAUUCUGAUGUUGUUGUGUUGGAUCAGUGAUAAUGGCAUUAAUAAGGCAAGAAGGAGACUUGCCUGCAGUGUAAAUACAACACUGCAGCUCAACUUGAUGUCUAAUAACUUUUGUUUUUCUCUGACUGUUAACUGUACAACACUUCACAAACUUUACUGCUACUUGUUUGUGUUGUAUAACAGAGAAUCUAGCCCUGAAGAAAAGGCUGCUUCUGUCUCGUAAGCGCUCACUUCUCUCUUACUCUUACACUCUGAGAUUAUCUGUAUUUUUAAAUUUGAAGUCUUUAGCCCAAACUGGUGCUGACUCAGGUGACAUCACUCUGGGCAACGUAUCAGACUUCAAACAGCUCCGUUUGGUGUCACAAAGGGUACGAUACAGCUUUUUGAAAACCUUGUUUUCCUGAAAACCCGUCGAUGGACUUUGAUGUGCAAAUCAGGGGGAGUUCUCCUUGAAACACAUUGAGGAAUAAUGCAUUUCCACAGUGGAGUGAUUACAAUGUGCAGAUAACCGAUAAAUGACUUUUUCCCUGACUGCCAAACACAUUUCAAAGCAUUGCUGUAGGUUGUCACCUUAUCAGCUGUCAAGUGGAUCAUCCAUCAGACCAAACCUAAUUCACAUGCUCUUUUAAUCCUCACAUUUCACAGUUAGGGGAGCACCGCAUGGAGGACAGUGUAAUGACUUUAUAUGUUGUCAAACACAGCAGAUUGUGAACAAAAGUUGACACUAUAUAUGCAUAUGUAGGGUGUAUAUAUAGUGCCCAUUGGGGUGCUUAUACACUGCAAGUACUUUGGUCUAAUAAGCUUGCAUGAAUGAUACACACAGCAGGAAAUACACAUACCAAAACAGCUUUGUCCAGACUCUCCCAUAGAGCCGUCUGUUGUCAAUUCCACCUUCCUUCAUCAGAGGUGAAAAGAAGUUCAUUUUCAGUCUGCACGGGUGCCCCUACCAAUCAAAAGUGCUGAUUUCACCUGUGGCACGGCUCACUUACUGUGAACACUCUCAACCAAAGGAGCCGCACUCUCCUCUGUGAGGGGGAACGGCAUGCUCUGCAGUUUAUUAACUGUGACUGGUGUCUCAUCACGCUUUGCAGGCAGAGAAGAAGCACAAGAGCUUUCAGGAACUGGACCGUUUUAUGCACUACUACACACGCUUCAAGAACCAUGAGCACAGCUAUCAGGUAAACAGGCCAGGCUUAGCCUCCCAAUGAUGUCUGCUUUGCAUAGUGAUGUAGUUACAGUCAUGCUGCGGAUGCAGCUUAUGGGAACGUGUGAUCUGGUGUAAAACUAGCACUUAACCUCACAGAACGGCAUAACCUCAGAGGGAAUGUGAAGAUAUGAGGAUGAAAGUGUCUUCUGUAAUCUGUAUUCUGUGACAAUAUUACUUGAAACUGGCCUACUUUUUCCACCCAUUAAAGAUAUUUAUCAGACAUCAAAACACCUUGAUUAAAAAAGCUGCUGUUUUCACUGUUGUUUAUAUACAGUAUAUAGCAUAUUUUGGACUUCCCACAUUGUUUAGGUCAUCUAUUAAGAUGACUUUUUGUGAUUUUUUGUUUUACAAAUUUUAAAUCGAUUUUUAUGUUUAAUUUUUUUUUUUCAUAUUUAAGAAUAAAUCUUAAACCGACUUACAUGUGAUGUGUAUUUUUUCAGGGAAUAUGGUUCCUGGAAUAGUCAUUAGACAAUCAUAAUCAUUCAACUGUUUCAUUGGUGUCAAAAUUGCAGACUGACGUUCGAGAAAAUUGACAAUAUCGUAGAAUCGCAAUUUAAAUCGAAUCAGCAUCCAAAAAUCGUAGAAGAAUUGAAGCAUAUCAUCCCAGCCCUACUAACAGUGUUCUGUCUUCUUCACUUUAGCUGGAGCAGCGUCUCUUAAAAACCGCCAAAGAGAAGAUGGAGCAGCUCAGCCGAGCCCUGAGCACAAGUGAGUGUUGGGUCUCUGUUACACAUUGAGACAUGUCUUAAUCUAGCGGUCUGAGACCGAGCUUGUACAAGCAGACAGGGGAAAAAAAAACACAAAAGGGGUUUCAAUAAUGGAUUAGCAACAGGCAAGUCUAAGUUGUGAAAAAAAAAUCUAUGUAGUGAGUAAUCUUUGUCUCAAAUUCCUCAUCUGUACAGGCAGUUAAACUCCGUGUAGCAUAGCCAAGCUUGAUUCUCACAGAGUAGAUUGCUGUGGUGUUACUUACAUACUUAUAUAACUCUGGCUGGCAGCUGACAGGGAAAUUGAAAUGUUCAUAACUCAGAGUUUAUGAAACCAGCUUCGUUUAAAAUAUGCAUAUUUCCUGACACUAAGUAGUCUAGGUUAUAAAAAAAACAGUCCACCAAAAAUUUGCUACAAUAGAUCUGCUCUUUCACAUGCUUUAAUUCAGGAUUUCUCAUCAUUUUGAAUCAGUAUUCUUUGAUGUGUGGGUAAUUUAAGAUGGAAUAAAAGAUGUAUUCCUAAAAAGUGAUGGAAAAAACCUCUUUUUUGUGUCCUGGCACUCUCUUAUUCUGUCCCAGGGGAAGGAGGCCCACCUGACACCACAUUUAUUGAAGACGCAGUCCUGGAACUACUGAAGACCCGCCGCAUCCUCAAGUGCUCUUAUCCUUAUGGGUUCUUCCUGGAGCCUAAAAGCACAAAAAAAGAGAUCUACGAGCUUAUGCAGGUUUCAGCCCUACUUAUUGAGGAAAAAAAAGACAAAUGUUCACAGCGGCAGGUUUUAUGUGGGCCAUUAGAGAAGUGGGACCGGAGUUUUCCGUGCUAUGAUCUUCACAGUCUGACCUAGUUAAACUUGCAUAUCUUGGCUUUUAGUUAAACAUCCCAGUUAUAUAAUUUAUAAACCCUGGAAUAAACAAGGAUUGCUCUACCUGCUUUCUUUAAUGUUGUGGUAUUAAAAUCUGGUGAAACAAUCAGAAAGGCUCCCAGAGGUCUUAAAAUGUUAUCCAAGUUUUUGAGAAGUUGAGAAGUACACAGCAGCCCCACAAAGAAGUUGAUAACUUCUGAAGUCGUAUUGCCCUUCAACAUCACAGUUUUGGAACAGAUUAUUUUAUCUGACAUAGUUAAACUUUAAAUUGUGGAUUCGUACUUGAAUAUAGAUGACUCACUUACUGAGUUUACCUGAAAAAAAUCUCCCAGCCAGCUUUCUUUGUGUCCUCAGACGGACCUGGAGAUGGUGACUGAGGACCUUGCGCAAAAGGUUAAUCGGCCUUAUCUGCGGACGCCGCGCCACAAAAUAAUCCGUGCUGCGUGUCUGGUGCAGCAGAAGAGGCAAGAAUUCCUGGCGUCAGUUGCCCGCGGAGUGGCCCCUAAUGACUCUCCUGAUGCCCCGAGGCGCAGGUAAUAUAAACAGAAAUGUAGGAUGUUGACUGCAUAUGUUAUUGUGGCAAAUAAAGAACAAUGCUUGAAUUUUACAGAUGGGUUUUUGAAAGUGAUCAAUGGGCCUAAAAAUUUUAGCAGUUCACAGAAUCUCUGUCCCUUUUUCUCUUUCAGUUUUGCUGGUGGGACGUGGGACUGGGAAUAUUUAGGCUUUGCAUCACCUGAGGUAAGAAACAAGGCCUCAUUAAUUUCAGUUUAAAUAUCAACUUUCUGUCAGAACAACAUUUACAAAGCGUGUGAUUUGAUACUUGAAACAACAACCUGAUAUGACACAUAUUUUUUUUAAUUCAAAUGCAUGUUUUCGUGUGUCGGGACCAUAGACUGUAAAUAGAAUGAACAGCGUCUGCCUCCUUGCUGGGUGAAGCCACUCCGCACCCUCUGUUGACAGGCUGCAGUAUAAGUCAUAAAUCCCUCCUCCGCCAGCAAAGUUUCUCAAGUCCUCUUUUUUCUGUGAAGCUCCGUUUUUAAAAGUUAUUAGGGGGUUCAUGUUGGCUAUGAUUGACACCUGAUACAGCCUAUGGGCGUUUAGGGAUUGCGUAGCUCUCCCGGGGGAUACGCUGUUUGAGCCGAGCGUCAUCACAGUGACUCGCUGCGACUGCGCGCCCGAAUGCGCGCAUCGCUACUGCACAGCGCUGGUUUCAGGAAAUGAAGAAAAAACGUGGAAAUACCGAGAGCUAUUUUUUGCUUCAAAUCCGUAUACAGGCGGUAGGUGGAACCAAGUUUUCCAUAGUAUAAACAGUCUAUGGUCGGGACUCACUUCUCUAGUGUUGUAUGUUUUCUAAAAUGGAAAAGUAGGUGUUUCCAAAAAUAAUUCUAAAAAGUAGGGUAUGGAAAAGUAUGGAAUUUCCAACUGUGUAGGAACCCUGAUUCACAGAUGUCUUUAUAUAUGGCAUUUAAAGUUGGAUUUUGACAUUGUUGACUGCCUUAUUUUCAAACAACUACGUCUGAGACUUAAAAAUGCAAAAAUAAAAAAAGUAGGACGUUACCAGCUGAUUUGCAAUACAAAAAAACUGGACUCCUUUGUGCUGCCACUGAGAUCCACACUCCAAUAAAUGCCUUAUUACUACAGAUACACUGCUAUGCUUACCAAAACAGACACCUGUGGUUAAUCAGACAGCCAUCUGUGAAUAGGGAGCGCUUACCUAACCAUGUUUUACCAGUGCAGGAGCAUAAAUCAUGACUACUAAGCAUAUUUGCUGAUUCAGCCCUUCAUUAUACCUGUUUUUACUGAGAAGGUGUUAAUUUUCUGAGCGUUCAGGUAUUACCAGUGCGACUUCAGCUGUUGGCAGCACCGAAAAACUGUGAUGACCAACAGAUCACCAUGUUAUUAAACACACUGUAGCAGGCCAGAUGGUUCAGUGUUCCCCAGUGCACCCGCUUGUAGUGAUGAAAAGCACAGCACACUCCGGCAGACACCUAAGCAGGUUGCCUCCAAUGAUUGUGCAUUAGUGCCAGGCGUUUAUAGUUAACUUUUACAGUCAUAAAACUGUCGACCACAUAAUGGUUUGAUUAUUGACCUCCCUGCUUUUUUCGGCACAGCUUGAUGCACACACUCAUUACUGGGGUAUAAGUCAAUAUACUGCAGUUUCUGUUAUUGUUGAGUUUCUCGACUGCAGCAGUUUUAAAACACAGAGGCUUUUCAUCUGGAACACAUUCACUCAGCUCCAUCACUCCUCAGGCUCUUAGUGUCGCCUCCGUCUGAAGUGUUAAAAACACGACACAAAUAUGCAAAUUUUACAUCAAACCUCAGCCUCUCGGGUUAUUGUGCUCAUCUUUUUACAGCAUAAGCGGGCAUUUCCCUAUUGACAGGAAAACAAAUGACAAGAUCAGACUGCCAGUUUGAUGAAUGACUUGUGAAACUCCUUAUUCUUUGCCUGCUCAGCACCAUGAAGUCAGGCAGAGUUAAGCUUUGUGAAGCUUUUGUUUGCUUAAGGUUUACUGAGCAAACAGCCGCUGUUGGACAAAUAUCUAAACUAAAGCAGAAAACCAGGGAGCUUGUACAAUAAACUUUGAGGCUUGAAGACAGAAAUCACAUAAAUGCCCAGGAUGUCUGAGAUUAUCUCAAUGUGGGAUUUUUUUUCCAUUUGGCAUUAUGCUAUCGAGUUAAGUGUUCCAGUAUCUGAUAUGAAGCCCUGUGACAAGAUAACGGGAAUCAAUUCCCUACAAAAUCCUUUAAGAUACUCCAUUUUCUGCAGAUUAUGAAAUAUUAAGAUGCCUUGAAUUAAAUGACAGGUUGUGUGCAUUAUCACUUCCUGCUGGAUGGAGCACACCUGAAAAUGAAGUCAGGUUAUAAAGGGAGGAUUUUAGGACCAUCCCUGUCUGCUGUUUCACGGAGGGUAUAAACGGAAAUUGAAAAAAGAAGGAGCUGUGUCCAUUUCUGUCUUAGUGUCAUUUCUGACACUGUUAGUUUUCUCUUUGCUGAGCGUUACCUUUAUCAGUCCUCUAAAAAAUGUAGUCCACAACCCAACAAAAGAAUAUUCAACCAAUUAUGUUCAGAAGCUGCAAGAAAGGAUUUAAUUAAGCUUCAAAGCAGCAGCUUAUCUUCUAAAGAACAAAUAAUCAAUGAAAAACUCAUCUCACCUCCAUCUCCUUCUUUCCUGCAGGAUCUGAACCUGCAAUAUUUUAUGGUUGUCUAUAGAUUAUUUUGGGCAUGUUUAUUUGUUAAAAAGUGCACAGUUAAUAUUGCCACCAGAUGCUGAACACUAAACCCCUUCUAAAAAAAAAGCUUUUUAUUUUGGUCCCCUAAUUAAGCGCCCCUGCCUCUCAGCUGCAGUAGUUAAUGGGAACAGCAGAGUUAUAAUCAAAGCCUGAUGACACUACCUCACAGGCACUGCUACAGAUGGUCCCUGGCUCUCACAAUGCCUGCAGAUCGCUUCAUGGUGGGCUAUUUUUAGGGAGCCGGAAACAUGAAAGACAGUCGGCAAUGGGCUUUUGAUUGUGCGAAUGUGAGUCAGUGAUGUCUGCAAAUGUAUAAAUGAUGGAAUAAAGAAAGCACUUUGAUUAUACCCCAGGAUAUUGAGUUAUAAAUGGAGAAAUUAAAUUUAGUAUGCCCACUGUGGCUACGUCAGGGCGCUGUAUAAUCCAAGUAUGGCUUACACAUAGAGCUAGCUUAGAAACUUAAAAGGAGUAUCGGUGAAUCAGCAGGAUUUGAAUGGCUGUAACUCACAAUUAGUGGAAUAACAAUUUCCAAAGUAACAUCAGCCUGGUUUUUGAAAGUACAGAUGCACAAACUAUACCGCUUUUCUAGUACAUCUUGUGUUGUCAGGUAAAUGUCAUAGCUUUAUUGCACUACAUUAUGAUUUCCCAUACAAAGAUAACACCUGAAUCGGCGCCCAAGUGUAUUUUAGGCCACCAAAGUUUCCUGCUGUCCACUUUAUGUUUUCAUUUUUAUCGUAUGCAUAUGGCCCCAAUCUGUGAUUAAUGAUCCAGACGAUCCCUGUGUUGCUCUCUGCCCCUCAUGACUUAUAACCUGACACUUUCCCUGCAGGUGAUCAGAGACAGGUUCAGUAGUCCCUCUUGUUCAUACACUGAUUGAACCGAGUGACAUUUCAUCUCACAUAUGAACCUUCUCAAGCUGCUGUGUGAGAAAUUACUAGCAGCUGGUUGCUGCUGCUGAUUUCAUUCAGCACCGUCUUCGUUGUGGAUUGUUUUAUAGACAGUUCUCAUCCACACCUGAAUCACCUGUGAACAAAACAGCGCUGAUGAAUUUUGUCAUCAAUGUAUGUUGCACCAAUUCACAGAUGCUUAUCAAAAAAGCGAAUAUACACCAUACUCUAUUUUCAAGGACUCACUGUAAAGAUGGGGUAAGAUUGAGUCCCAUCAUGUAAGAUCAGAUCUACUCACAUCCCAUCUUCAACCACAAGUAGCCAUGUUUACAUGUGCAAAAUUUCUUAAUCUGAUUAAAAUUUGAGGAAUCAGAAAGUCUGAAUCCACUGUUUAUACGGGUGCAAAAUCAUACUAUCCGAUCAUGACGUGCGUAUACAUGCACCAAGCUUUAUUCAUAUUGGAAGCAUUUGGACAUGCGCAGAGUUGUCUAAUUUUGCUAAAACAACCGCAGAAGAAGAAGAGUUGUACUUACGCCUGUGCUGUCAACAAACCAACAAACGCGGCAUUGACUCACUUCAUCCAAUUCAGGAUUUUCCCCUGGAUUGUUGUCACCAGAUGGCGCCCUUGCAUACUUAUUAUUACUGAUCUAUCCAAGGUUGCACUGUACAUGCAGAUGUGACAUCAUUACGCUGUAUGUACGCUUUGUCAUGUUACCGGGGGAGCAGACACGGCACAUACGAUUGUGUUUUAUGCCCGAGUGUGAAUAAUGAAACCGCCUGAACUGGCCUCGAUAAUUAAACCAAAGGCUAAAGAGUGAAGGCCAAGUCAGGUAAGAGAGUCACGUCGGAAUAAGCAUUUACAUGGACAUGUUUCGGAAUAACAAUCAGUAUAAACCAACCCUCUUGAUCGGAAUACAAUUUCUUUCCGAUUGAACUGAAUUGGAUCAGAAUCUCCCGAUCGACAUGUUUACAUGAUGCAUUUUUAUUCCAAUCAGGCAUUUAUUCCAAUAAUUUGUGCCCAUGUUAACGCAGCUCUGGUCGCACUUGGCAGCAUUUAGCAUGUUACAGUGGAUAUAAAGAACUUCCAUUUACAGGCAGAAACCCUGAGCAGAACCAGACUCGUGUAAAACAGUCAUCUGCUGCUUCUGCACUGGGUUUAGAGAGGGGAUAGAGGGAGAUGCAGACAGAAAGAGAUGGUCAGAGGUGAGAUUGAUGCUGGUUGUUGAAGCAGCAGAAGGCAGGCAGGUACACCGCGUCAAAAGUCUGCAGCAGACAGAGGAAUCUGUGACACGAUGGAGCACACAGGGACUCCCAGAAAAGACUGUGUGUUAGUAAUUCUAAUGGGACGUGAUGAUUCAAAGUUAAUGAUACGGAUAAAUAGAGGAUGGAGAAGGAGGGACAGGUGCUCAAUGUGCCAGGACCCUCUGCAAUCUGAACCUGUAGCAGCAUAACUAAGAGCUGGCCCAGGCCUGAACCAGCUCAUAAGAUCAGACAUACAGAAAAGAGAAGUGUUUGAAGUCUCGGCCGGACACUCUGCUGAACAAAGAAAGAAGGAAAAGCCGUCAGUGUGGUGUAUGUGCGUGUAUAUAUGUAUAUUUUGAAAAGUCUAGACCAAUGAUACAAACGUAGAAUCUGUUCAUAGAGAGCUUGCUAGUCUGCUCUCUGUAGAAAGAUGGUGUAUAGAGUGUGUCCGUGUCUUUUGGUUCAUCUGCAGUCAGGGACAAAAAUCUAAAAUAUUAAGGAAGUCAGACUUUAUUAUGAACACACUGAACCCAUUAACUGACAUUUUUAAACUUAGUGAACCUACCAGUCCACCAGCUCCCCCUUUUAAGAGUGACAUUAAUGGAUUGGAGUUCUCAUAAUCCAGCCUCAUUCAGGUCACUGUUUCUUGACCUAAUCCAAAGGUUAGCUGCUGUAGAAAUGCAGGAAAAAUGUUUGACAUGACCAUUUAUUCUUGUGAACGUAACCCUUCUACCACAUGUAUAUUUAUCAUUACGUUUGCUCUCUAAAUCACAACUAGAUGGCCAUCUGUGAUUGUACAUGUCCACUCCACUAUUUCUAAACAGUAUUUCAUUUCAUUCUUUCCAGUUUUUCAAGAAUUUCUGUGCAUUACUCUUUAAUAUAUUCUUAAAGAACAUCACUUCCACUUUGAUAAGGUAUUCUGACUGCUUUUGAGAUCAGUACACACACAAGUAUUUUCAAACAUCUGAUCCUCAUGUUGCUUUAUUUCUGAUUCUCUAGUGAGCGUGUGCUCUGCCUGGACUCAGUCUAGACUGAACCCUAAUGAACGAAGGUCUGGUCUGCAGAUGAAAGUGUGUGAAUCAUUCUCUUGGUGCUGAUAUUUCUUGGGAAAGAAAUUCAGACCUCAUUUAAAGCAGACUGUGUCUACUUUCUUGAAUCAAAGUCACCACUUUACAAAUUCACCUUUCAAAUGUUUAUAACAAAACACUUUGAUGUGAAUCAAGGGAGAUGUAAGAGUAGCCUUCAGAUCGGCAACACACUGCAACAGACUUCAGGUCAGAGAGCAAUACUUGAUGCUUCGAGUUGGAGCUGGACUGGAUGAAGGGCAUGUUUUCAGAGAUGUUUUUAAAUUUGUAUUUUGUGAUUUUUUGUUUUUAAUUUUAGGAGUACGCAGAGUUCCAGUACAGACGGAGACAUAGGCAACGGAGGCGAGGUGACAUGUCCAGUCUUCGCAGUAACACACCCGACCCAGAUGACCCCAGUGACAGUACUUCAGGUACUACAGGGGACAAACUGGAUAAUACUUCUUUAUAUGUUUGUAAAUGUAUAAGUAUAGUGGUAACUCUCUAGUCUGAUUCAUAUACAAUUUAAGUUGUACUUCAUUUCUGGUUUGGACUGGGUUGUGUGUACAAAUACACAUUGAUAUACUUUUGCUAUUAAUAGCAGAGCGGGGUUUGGGAACUGAGAGUAGAGCAGGGAUGCAGGGAGUUUGGUUGAUGUUCAUAAACAUGACAUAAAGAGGGGAAAUGUACAGCUUAGUCUCAGACCAAUUUUUGAAUUAAGAUAGAAUUAUAAAACUACUUGGAUCAAACCGUGUAGAUCAUGUAAUGUUUUUGGCGGCUUUGAAGUCAGUUUCUUUUGUGCCAGGAAGGAUUAAUUGAUUUCAGAUAAAUAUUCUGAAUUAGUGAAUAUCCUGUGAAAAACGCUGAAGGCACACACUCACCGUCAGGUUGUUAUUACCUGAUCAUUAUUCUGUGUUCCCUGAAAUGAUAAUGAUUUUUCUAACUCUGGUUAUUAGCGACGGCUUAUUGCUAUCCAAGUGCCGCUAUCAAGAUUCCAUUUAAUGAACGGUCUUUUUUGACUGUGGGCUUUAUUUUUUGUCAAUUUCUUUUUCUUCAAAGACACACAGGAUGUGGGAAUUGGGCGGAGACAAGGACCUCUGAUGGUGAGUUCAGUUACUAAUAUCAUUGUAGUCUCUGAAAGUUUUUUUUUUAACAAUGUCAGACAAAAGUAAAGCAUUAUUCUUUUUUCUACCUUUUAUUUAGAGUCUUUUUCAAACACAGUCUUAAGAUCUUUUUUUUUUUUUUUUGAGUUUAAUGCUUCCUGCCUGCCGUCCUUUUGCUCACAGCAGAAUUAUACAAAAGAUACAAAGUCAUUGAUAUUCAGGGGACAUGAGACUUUCAAAUCAAUCUGAUAGACUAAAGUUACUGAUUAGGUAUUUAACUAUAUUCUGGACUCAUCUUUGAUAUCAUUCUUUAAGAAGUCUUGAGACUUGAAUCUGAUUAAAUGAAUGAAACAAAUUCAUUUCAUCAACAUGAAACAAAAAGGAAUAAUUAAAUUCCCGAGAUUUGAGUCCCACUGUGAUGCAAACAAAUGAAAAGACACAGACUCACAAGCUUCAUGCAGUGAUUGAAAAGAUGACAUGUUCCUUCACCACAGUUAAUAUUUGUGCCAAAGUUUAAUGCCUGGUAUGAUUUUCGCUAAUUUGUGAAACAAAACAAGUAGCUGAAAUCGAUUCUACAGAUCUUCUCUGCAAGUCUCCCCGGUUCUUUUUGAGAAAUGUUUCAACUGACUGGACUGGGAAGUUGUAAAGUCCUAAGAAAUAUACUAGAAACCAUCAGCUUUGAAACACAACCAAAACAUUUCCAAAGCUUCCACAGGAGGCACAGGUUCAUAAAACUGCCACUGCUUUUAUUUUCAUUGUCUGCAGAUGUAUCCCAGCAUGCUCACGUCUGCAGCUCUGGCCUGCUGUUUCCUUUACCUUCCUCGCCAAUAGAUGGUUUGAGCUGCAGGUGUGAGAGCACUUAGUCCUCUGUAACUUUAGAUAUGAAUGCAGUCUGCGUUGCUGACACUGUACUCUGUUUUUCCUGUGCAGGGUCUGGGUUCUCUGGAUGACGAUGACCCUAACAUUCUUCUGGCUAUUCAGCUGUCCCUCCAGGAGUCAGGGAUGAUGGGGACUGACUCAAACCUUGAUGUUCUUUCUCAGGAAGCUUCACUGGGUGCUAUCGGCACUUCCCUGCCGUCCAGGCUUGAACAAAGUGCUCCAGGUGUAGAUGUCCUCCCCAGAGCUUCGCUCAGCAGCUCUGAACUGCUGGAGCUGGGCGAUAACUUGACCAGACUGGGUAAUAUCAACAUCAGCAGCCAGUACUCUGCUUCUCCUGGUGUUCACACAUCUGGGCAGCACUGUGACACUCACCACCGGACCUACAGGGCCUCUGUGCCCAUCCCAGUGGCUCCAGGUGGCAGCAACUCAUCCACAGGCCUCUUCUCAUCUUCCAGUGACACGUUAGACUCAACUACAUGUGGUAGCCAUGACCCAUCCUCCUCCUCUGCUUUAGCAGCAAAUGCCAACCUGCUGGGCAACAUCAUGGCCUGGUUCCACGAUAUGAACCCUCAAGGUAUCACUCUAGUCCCCCCUACCUCCUCUGACACUGACUCAAACCUUGGCCUACUCCAUACAGGCAGAGGAGGAGAAGGUUGCCCGCAGGAUGACGAUAAAGCCGGGAUCGUCCCGCCUGACAGCAGGAAACCUCCGGAAGUGACGUCAGAGGCCGGUUUCUGCUCUCGGAGACUGAGUGACGUGGAGGAGAAGGAUUGCGCUGUCGCCGAGAGGCCGACACAGUUAGAUCUGGCGGGGCUAGACACCAUGCCGGUACCUUACAUGGCCAACCUGGACCCCAGCGGAGGACGCACAGAGCAAAGAGGAGCGAAAGUGUGCCAUGUUGACACUCCGCUGUGUGACUCUGUUUCCGACCAGCUGCCCAGCUCCAGCUCCUCUGAGUGGGAGGAGCAGAUACACUUGGUAUGAAGCGAUGGGUUGAGAUGGGAAAAAAAGCUCUUGAGGAAAGGCCAAAAAAAAAUAAACACUAGAAUUAAUGGCAAGUAAAAUGAGGAAUGGUGUUGUAGCUGUCGAGGUGGAAUGUAAACAGAGUGAAGAAUGUUUGUUGGAAAGUGUGAGAGGAAAUAUUUCGACUCUUAGCUCAGUCAACACUGGAGUGUUUUUCCUGCGUUUACUAGUAAAACGGCCCCCCACCGAGCAGGUCCUGUGAGAGAAAGCGCUAACUGAAGGAGAGAUAAGAUUUAAGAGCAACUUUUGAGGAUCUUUAUCCCGUUUUGAUUCAGUGAUAGAACUACAAAUUCUUAGCUUUCUCUCUAAUCAUUUGCAGAGUUGUGCGUAGUGCAGGUAUUCUCUUUUUUUUUUUUUUUCCACUGGAGUUAAAGCCUACUGUAUGUGUCUGAAUCAGGUCUGAUGGAGGUUUUUCAUCUGUACAUAUGAGCUGAUUACUAAUUUUCUCCAUCUUUGAACCGGAUGGGGGGGAGAAAGGCUGGGAAAUACUUCACACUCCUGUCCAGAUCUGCCUACUUCAGAGGUGCCAAACACUGACUAGCUAAAGCACAAUUUGCCGUCACCAAGUGGAUCCUUCAAAGCAGAUUUGUGCCUGCUUGCUACAAUCUCAACGUCUCAGCUGAACUUCAAUGUGAAAGUCUCGAGCCAUAUUUUUAUUUGAGAUUGCGACUGAGUGGUAUUUUUCAACUUUAAAAAAGCUGUAGUGUGCUAUGUAAAGCUGUAGUCCAGGACCAUAACGGUUGUGUACUUUAACAUUUGAAACAUUCUCGCUGAACAAUUGAGAUUAAUUAUUCAAAUGAAACGCUGGUGGCCUGCCUGAAAACAUUUCCAAAACGACUUGACAAUGGUUUUUCAUCUCAGAGCCUCCAUCCUAACACACCUCCAGUGGGAAAUGUCAUCUGAAACGAGAAGCGCUGACAGGCCCAGAGGGGUUGCUCAGUGUCACUCAGUUCACUCUUUUCUAAAGCUCGCUUAAAUUAAUGUUUGAGCGCUGCAGCUGGGUGUGAGUGUGACUGACUUUGUAGACGGCGAGUAGUCUUGUUUAUGUGUGACAGGAAAGGCCGCUGAAAGAGAUAAUCAGGCAAUCACAUUCAGACUUUGGUGAGUUAAUUAAUCAAACCCAAGUCACUGUAAUUUAUCUCUGGGUCUUAUUUAAGUGAAAUAUAAAUGAAGCCUUUUUACAGCCCUGCAGGGGAUUGCAUGGAGUAUUCAUGAAUGUGAAUUACAACCCUAAUUACAGAAGAGUUAGUGCGCAGUGUAAAAGAUGAUAAAAACAGAGUUUGAUGGUUUGCAAAUCCUUCAUGAAGACAACAAACCAUCUGUUGUGACUCGGAUGUGUUUUCUGAAAACUAUAUGCUCAUUUUAAAUUUGACAACAGCGACGUGUUUCAAAACUCUUUGAACCAAGGAGACCAGUUUCUGGAGUUUAAUUGUUCAAUAUUGUCCCCCUCAGCCCCGCUCGUGUAUUUUUUAUCACGAUUCCCCAGAUGUUUUUUUUUACAGAUGACCAGCUGGGGCUGCAGCCAUGCCGCUUAAGCACCCAGACUCUUCUACUACAGAGCCACACUAUUGUAAUUCAAGGUCUCUCCUGAGAAGACAUUGUUUGGAUGGUAGCAUACUGAACGUUGCUCCUAAUCCUGUAUAUAUGAUGCAACAUUAACAAGUUGACGAUGGUCCUCAGAGCACAGGACUUGGUAACCACGAUGACUAAAAAAGGUAGACUGAAUUUACUUUUCAGACCAUUGGAAAGUCAACAGCGUUUCUGGAUGGUUUCCAUGGUCCAGAUUUAACCUGCAUUUGUAGAUGCAUCAACAACCUGUUCUUAGAUGUUUGAUUUGAAGUAUGAUUUUGAGCUUUUACAGUGACUUCUACUACAGUCAUGCUCAUCUUCAAGUUCAGUCCUCUGUGCCUGAACAUCAGGGCCUGACCCCUUUUAUACACAUCUUUUAAAAACAUUAUGUACCAGAGUUGAUCAAACUCUCUCUCUCCUGUUUUUUUUUUUUUUUUUUUGCAAUUUCACACCAAAGAACAUCUUUUUGGAAUUGCUGAACUAUUUCCUCACCCAGUUUCUCACAGAGAGGUGAACCUCUUCCCGUCGAUACGAAAGAGACUCAGCCUCUCUCAGGUGCCCGUCUUCAAUCCACUCACUUAACUUUAACCUUACCAAAAACCGUACUUCUAACAUUUAAAAUGAGCAUAUGUUUCCCAUGAACAAUAACAUUUUUCCCUUUCAUUUCAUUCUUUGCUCUAUUUUCAGUUAAUUAUGAGCUUUCAUUGAUUUGCAAGCCAUCAAAUUAUGUUUUGAUCAACAUCCUACACAGCAUCCUAGCUCUUCUGGGACUGGGCUUGUACAUUUCAAUCACAUGGGGGGGUCCAUGUUUUUGAAACAGCUCUCUACUCAGUUAGAGACACAGUGCCUUUAUGUGGAUCACCAUCACUCAUUUCUGUCUCACAUGUUUCUGAGUGCUAAUUAUUACACAGUAUUUACAGUGUAAACUAAACAAACACCUGUUACCUUAAAGUUAUUUCUCUCAUAUAGUGUGCACACUUGAGAUCUUGAUUUUUUUUCCAUCUGAAAUAAUUGUAGCAUGAGGCUUCUUGUUGGUUCUAGUAGUAUUAUGAGUGGAUAACACUGAUUUUAUGAACAGAUAAUGGUUAAUGUCCUACUUUUAAAUCAUGUUCCCGAAUAGUUUGAAAGACUAUUUUACUUCUGUUUGUUUCUGAGCGGAGGGGCUUCUUGCCCUACAUUUUUUGAAACAGUUGGUUUGUCUGUGGUUUAGAAACUAAACUCACUGUAUUGACUUUGGAAAGAGUUCACCUGCUGUGUGUAUAUCAUGUAUCUGACCCUGAGGACACUAAAACGGAGGAAAGUUGCAAUAAAAAGUAGAUAUUUAUUUAAAACUAAGUAGAUCCAUUAAAGAAAAUGGAUGUAAAAACGGACAAAAAAACAUGAAACCCGUUGAUUAGUGUUCUUUCAGACUGAUUUCUCUUUUAGUGUCUGAUGUAAAUUACCUUUGCGUUUUCUAUCAGACUUUGAAGAGCCUCAUUAAACCUGAAAAUAGUGGUUGCUUUUGAAAAGUGUCUUGAAGUUGUUAAACUGUGAGUGCCAUAUGGUUAGUGGUUAAUGUUAGUGGGUUAGACAGGGGAGAUAAUGUGUGCUGCCCUUUUUGUGUUACAGUGAACUGUGCAUGAACUGGGUUUAAGACUAAAUGGAGUUUUUAUUUCUCCUCCUUUCACCUCUGAAGUCAAGGUGAUUGAUUUUAAAAACUACAUAAAACAUUUUGUAACUGAUCGAGAUUUUCUAUUGUAAAGCAACUAAUCCUUGAAAUGCUAUUUGCACUUUCAUAGUCUAUACUUGAUACAUUCCCUCUUUAUAUGAAAAAAAAAUGUUUGAUGUGUGAUGCCAAUAAACUUGUGUUGAGUUUUAA